UCGUCCACCUCGGAAACCCAUUUUUGGAGAUCCAGAAUCUGCUUUUCGUGCAUCGGAACGGUUUUUGUUUCGCAAAGAACCGCAUCGGCAAGCUAAAGGGCACCCCGGCACGUCGGACGGAUCCGUGGUUUACGCUUUUCUUUCGCACCCGGAACGGAGCGUGUUUUUUUCCGGAACUUUCGUGUGUACCUCGAGGAACGGUGUGAGUGCGUGUGCGUGCAGUGAAAUCCGGAAUCCGCGCAAAACCGCGAGGCCUUUCCGAAAAAGAUGAGCGUGGAUGCCUUCGAUGGGACGAGCGGCUCGCUCACGUUCGUCGACACGGAGGAGAACUUUUUCGUCGGUGCGGACACGCAAGGUUCGGACUUUGAUUUCCGCGACUUUACGCUCCCGUCGCAGAGCCAGACGCAAGCGUCUCAGCAUGAUCAUCUGGGAGGGGGCAGCCAGGUAGGACAAAGCGCACCAUGGCCAACACAUGGACAGCUAACCAUUUGCGACUCUUUUCACGGGCAGGUAAACGGUUUCGGGCGUCGGAUUGGCGUAGAUCCGGCGAAGCUGUCCGGCAUCACCUCGGCGAUCGGUGAGCUGCAGUUCGAGGAAGAUGAGGACGAAGUGGAGCCGGUAGAAAACAAGCAGCUGCCGGCCCAUGCCUGCCGCUACUGUGGAAUCCACGAGCCGAGCACCGUGGUCAUGUGUAACAUUUGCAAAAAGUGGUUCUGCAAUGGGCGCGGCAACACUUCCGGGUCACACAUCGUGAAUCACCUGGUGCGCGCCAAGCACCGAGAGGUUACGCUGCAUGCCGACGGACCGCUCGGAGAGACGGUGCUCGAGUGUUACUCGUGCGCUACGAGGAACGUGUUUUUGCUGGGGUUCAUUCCGGCCAGAAGUGACUCGGUGGUGGUGCUGUUGUGCAGACAACCGUGUGCUGCACAGAACUCCAUCAAGGAUAUGAACUGGGACCAGGAGCAGUGGAAACCGCUGAUUGCCGAUCGUUGCUUUCUGUUUUGGCUGGUGAAAGUGCCGUCCGAUCAGGAGCAGAUGCGGGCGCGACAGGUAUCCGCCGCUCAGAUCAACAAGCUCGAGGAGCUGUGGAAGGAGAACGUUGAUGCGACAUUUCAGGAUUUGGAGAAACCGGGCAUCGAUAAGGAACCGCAGCCGGUUCAGUUGCGCUACGUCGAUGGGUACCAGUAUCAGAACACGUUUGGACCGCUUAUAAAGCUAGAGGCCGACUACGAUGAGAAGCUGAAGGAAAGCCAGACGCAGGAGAACAUUGAGAUACGCUGGGACACGGGGUUGAACAAGAAAACGAUCGCGUACUUCACGCUGGCGAAGAACGAUGGCGACAUGAAGCUGAUGCAUGGUGAUGAGUUGAAGCUUCGGUACGUCGGAGAGCUGCAUAAGCCGUGGAGUUGCCUGGGCCACGUCAUCAAGGUACCGGACAACUACGGUGAUGAUGUUGGGCUCGAGUUGAAGCACAAUCAUCAGGCUCCGGUCGAGUGUACGGUUAACUUUGCGGUGGAUUUCAUCUGGAAGGGCACAUCGUUCGAGCGUAUGCAGCAGGCCUUGCGGAAAUUUGCGAUGGAUGCAAAGAGCGUUUCCAACUACAUCUACUCGCGGCUGCUAGGCAACGUGCGUGCUGAUGGCAACGAAGAAGUGCUGUUCCGGUUCACGCUACCGAAGCACUUCAGUGCUCCGAAUCUGCCCGAUCUGAACCGAUCGCAGGUGUACGCGGUUCGGCAUGCACUACAGCGACCGCUUAGCUUGAUUCAGGGACCACCGGGAACGGGUAAAACCGUUACAUCCGCAACGAUCGUCUAUCAGCUGGCCAAGCUAAACAGUGGUCCCAUAUUGGUGUGUGCUCCAAGUAAUACGGCCGUGGAUCAACUGACGGAGAAGAUCCAUCGCACGAACCUAAAGGUGGUGCGCGUUUGUGCACGAUCGCGAGAAGCAAUCGAUUCGCCAGUCAGCUACCUUGCCCUGCACAACCAAAUUCGUAAUAUGGCCCAGAACACGGAACUGAAGAAGCUGCAGCAACUGAAGGAUGAAACCGGCGAGCUGAGUCUCUCCGAUGAGCGACGCUAUCGAUCGUUGAAGAAGCAGGCCGAGCGGGAGCUACUCGAAGCGGCUGACGUUAUCUGCUGUACGUGCGUCGGUGCUGGUGAUGUACGGCUGCAGCGCCUCAAGUUCAACUCCAUUCUGAUCGAUGAAUCGAUGCAAUCGACUGAGCCGGAAUGUAUGGUCCCGGUGGUGCUGGGGGCCAAACAGCUCAUACUGGUCGGUGAUCACUGCCAGCUGGGGCCCGUUGUAAUGUGCAAGAAGGCCGCAAAGGCUGGGCUGUCGCAGAGUUUGUUCGAGCGGUUGGUGGCGCUAGGUAUUCGUCCGUUCCGGCUGGAGGUGCAGUACCGUAUGCACCCGGAGCUAUCGCAGUUCCCGUCCAAUUUCUUCUACGAAGGCAGUCUACAGAAUGGGGUGUGUGCGGAUGAGCGCAAGCUGAAGGUGGACUUCCCCUGGCCGUCGCCCGAUUGUCCCAUGUUUUUCCUCGUCACGCAGGGCCAGGAGGAGAUAGCUGGUUCCGGCACCUCCUACCUGAACCGAACCGAGGCCUCGAACGUGGAGAAAAUAACGACUCGCUUCCUGAAGGCGGGUAUCAAGCCGGAACAGAUCGGUAUUAUCACGCCGUACGAAGGACAGCGCGCAUACCUGGUGCAGUACAUGCAGUAUCAGGGCUCUCUGCACUCGAAGCUAUACCAGGAGAUCGAGAUUGCCAGUGUGGAUGCGUUCCAGGGUCGUGAGAAGGACAUUAUCAUCAUGUCAUGUGUGCGAGCCAACGAACACCAGGGCAUCGGUUUUCUGAACGAUCCGAGACGUCUAAAUGUGGCACUUACGCGGGCCAAGUACGGUAUCAUUAUCGUCGGAAACCCGAAGGUGCUCUCGAAGCAGGAACUAUGGAACCAUCUGUUGAACUUUUACAAAGACAAGAAGGUCCUGGUGGAGGGAUCGCUGAACAAUCUGAAGGAAUCGAUGAUACAGUUCACAAAGCCGAAAAAGCUCGUCAACACGCUCAACCCCGGAUCGCACUUUAUGAACAACGUCAUGUACGACGCGAAGGAGGUACUCGGAGCUGGAGGAUUCUACGAUCGCACGGGUUCAUCGGUCUCGGCGGGCUUCGGUAAUCACUCGCUUAGCUCUGGCUUUGGCGGAGGCAUUCAAUCUUACAAUCAUCCCCAUGGCGGCGGUCUAAUGGACAUGGGCAGCGGCCCGGGAAUUGGUUCGACCGGCGGUGGUGGUGGUGGUGGUGGUGCGCUUGGUAAUUCUGCUGCCGUGCCACUGGACGCAUUCAUGCGCAAGAUGCACGAUCCCAUCGGUUACAUUUCACCCCAUCGUGCCCACCAAGCGGUCAACAAUAUGCCGGUACCGGUGGGCAUGUUCAUCAACAUGUCCAACAUACCGCCCCGAUUCUAUCAGCAGCAGCAAGCCAUUCAGGCGGCCAAACAGAUCCGUCGUCCAACGGCAACCGGUGGUCGAGGUGCCGAACAGUUGCAGGGAAGUGGUGCUGGCACGAGCGCCGGUGCAGCCGGUCCAUCGAGCAGCAAAUCAUCGAACCGUCCGCGCCCGAUCGGUCCACCGAGUCAGCUCGGACAUGUCGGUGCGGGUUCACUGACGCAAGGCAUGUCGCAAGGAAUGUCGCAACCGGGAUUCAGCCUUUCCCAGCAACCCGGCCUCUCGCAGGACUACCUGGGCGAGUACCAGUCACAGAUGGACAACAUUCUGUCGCAGGAUUCGCACUACAACAGCCAGAACGGGCCCGGCGACCGAUUGGUAUUCGAUCUGCCAUCGGAUUCAAAGUUCCCGGAACCGUACUGAUAAUUGGACAGCGAGGGUACAAGGCAAGCUGUAAUGGCCGCUAGAUCGAUCCGAUGCUAAAUCAUCAAGAACACACAUACAACGCGUGGAGACAUCAAGAAAGAUACAAAUGGGAAGGACGCAGCCAUAUCGCGGCUCUAGCGGAAACCGAUCAAGAGAUGCGGUGCAAAGCACAGUGAGAACCGAAACUGGGAGUCUUAGGGACCGCUUGUCUUGGCGCAUGUGUUACGCAAUAGCACGCAGGCAGGCGGGCGCAAUGCGGGGUUGCUUCUCCAACGUUCCAAACGGACUGCUGAACGACGGGUCCGCGCACUCCUCUCAAACACAUACAGGUCGCUGCUUCUCUUCUGUGCGGAACGGACGGACAAACAGCAUGGCGUGGCGUGCCACAAGAACAAGGUCACCGCAGUGGUGCGAGUGGGAAUGCGUGCACGCAUUGGACCGUCAUAAUGGCAGACACAAGCAGGCAGUCAGGCAGACAAGGAGGCAGGAGGAGACAACGGCAAGGAGGAUAAAGCAGCGCUCCACCUCUGCUCCUGAUGCUGAUACUCUCCUUCUUUCCAGUAAAUAGCAUGUGGGGUCCGGGGACCCUGGCACGUUGGGACGCUCAAUGGCAGCUCGUUCCCAACCCAGCCCAGCGGGUGGGAACCCAGCGUGGCACGUGCGAUGCAGUGUGCCUCCACACUCACUGAUCACACUAAUCGCUGAUCCGAUGUCUGUAAACGUUGCCCAUUUCUACGGUUCCCAGUACUUUAUUUUUGAGUUUUCCAGUUAGGUUCCAUCCUCUUUGAGUUCGUUUCAUUCAACAUCUAAAUGCAUACGCGACAUACGAUAGACAUUAGUGAACGGGGGCAGGCGAAGAAUGGGGGGAAGGCGUGCCACUUGA